UAUUUAAAAAUAGACUUUCGUAUUAUUAAACUAUUAUGUGUAGUGACACAUGGGCAGUGAAGCAGGAAGAUCUUGACCGUUUAGAAAGGAAUGAUAUGAGAAUGGUUAGGUGGAUGUGUAAUGCCAGUCUGAGAGACAGAAAGAGUUCAGAUGAGCUAAGAAGCAGGCUAAGUCUCUGUAGAAUUAAAGAUUUUAUCCAGAUAAGAAGAUUGAAUUGGCUGGGGCACUUGGAAAGAAUGGAGGAGGAUAAUUGGGUAAGAAAGUGUAGAGACUUGAUAGUUCCUGGGGCAAAGCCCAGAGGCAGACCAAGAAAGACUUGGCAGGAGGUUAUAAGGACAGACUUGAUAGAGAGAAAGUUGAGUUUAGAUCUAACACAGUCUAGAUCAGAUUGGAAGAGGGUCAUUAAUAUACCCCGUCCAACCCAUGCUAGCAUGGGUUGGACGGGGUAUAUUAAUGACCCUCUUCCAAUCUGAUCUAGACUGUGUUAGAUCUAAACUCAAAUUCCUCUCUAUCAAGUCUGUCUUUAUAACCUCCUGCCAAGUCUUUCUUGGUCUGC